UUUUUGUUGACGAAUCAGGUCCGAAUCAAGUCAAAUUUUCUUGAUACACAUGCGUUUAACAAAUGGUUAGCUGCCUGCUCAGUGAAGUAUAACCUCUUUUAGAAACUUUGACUGAAAUUGCUUUUCGGCAGUUGCCAGACUUCCUCUUUCUUCGCUGGUCCCCUCGGUGAGAAGUUUUCCAUUCAGCGUAGCGCUCUUUUCCUGUCAACUGAUUGUUUGACACUUUUUGUUUCUUGCCCAGCUACCAUUAACGUAGAAGCCCUUUUUGAGAAAUGACGUCUUUCGCACUGUUUUCACGGGAAGGAUUUGAAGAGACAUGAAGAUGUUGACACCAGGAUGGAUCCAGAAACUCUGGAAAUCGAGACUAUCUUCAUCAGCGGGAGCAAGCAGGGAGCAAGAGGCCACGGUCACAAAAAAGCCAGUGUGUCCCGUCGGCAGCGCAUCAAAUUCACCCCCGUCUUCUUCUUCUUCUUCGUCGCCGCCACUGCGCACGACCCCUUCGAAACCGCCUGGGCCCGAGCCUCAGCCUGGGCCUGGGCCUGGUCCGGGCUCGCCGCUGCGAUGGAGCCGAAAGUACGACGUGUUGGUGUGCCACAGCUCCGACUGCAGUGACACCAGCGAGGCUCUGCGGCUGGUCUCCUUCCUGGAGGCGGCGCCCCGGAGCCUGAGGUGCUUCCUGGUGCAGCGGGACGCCUGCCCAGGGGGCGCCAUUUCCACGGAGCUGUGCCAGGCCGUGCGCGACAGCCACCUGAGGGCUCUGCUCGUCACCCCUGACUUCCUGCGGGACGGUUGGUGCCAGUACAUGAUGCACCAGGUGCUGUCCGAGGGGCCCAUGUCCAAUCGGAUCAUCCCACUGGUUCAGAGGCUGCCCCACUCUGAAUACCCUCCGGAACUGCGGUUCUACUGCUACAUUGACCUGGGCAGGGGCCGUGACAGGGGCUACGCUCGCGUCACCUCGACUGUGCUCGCGUAUCUUGAAGACUUGGAGAAAAAGGAGAAAACACUUGAACCACUCUAGCAGGUGGAGAAGGCAGCUGACAAACACUCAAAGUCAAAGUAUGACCCCCCCACUAACAGCCCCAUUACACUGCAAUGGAGAAGAGACAAAAGCCUCAAGGGUGUUCAUCAUCAUCAUCAUCAUUAUCAUCUUUGUCACCUGUGCUUUAAGACCGCGAUAGAAGUGAUUGCCAUUACACACACCAGUGUUACGCCAGUGGUGUGUGUGUGUGUGUGUGUGUGUGUGCGUGGCACGGAUGUGGAUGCCGCGGUGCAUCAGCUGCAGAGAGGCGCAGCGCGUGCCCACGUGCACCGAAAUGG